CAACUUUUUUAUAGUCAGCACAAUGCCCUGAGUUCCGUGCCACCUCCCCACUGUGCCACCAUCAUCCCCCCCUGUGCCAUCAUCCUACCCCUUGUGCCACCAUCCUACCCCUUGUGCCACCAUCCUACCCCCCCCCCCCCCUGUGCCAGCUGCUGGGGGCAACCGCCUAAUCAUGUGUGCCAUACGGGGGCAAGGCUGUGCCAAAGAGCCUGACAUGGAGCAGCAGCUGAUGCCAGUGUAACAAGCUGGUAUGGCCGGAGCAUGAGCCGCAGUGCCAGGGGCAGUUCUGAGAUGGAACUUCUCGUUUCCUCCCUUGGGAUACAAUGUAACAGCUUCUUUGUUUCCGCCACUCUGGUUUGGCUUUUGCGCCUGAUCUCUAGAGCAGACGCAACCGGAGCAGUUAGCGCCCAGCCUAUCAGCGAGCAGCUACUGAAUGUGAAUGUGGCCCCUGGUGCCAGCCUUUAUGUUGGCUGUGGGUCUGUGCCAUUUCCAUCAGGAGGAGGAGUAUGGGGCAUUGGUGCCACAGGGGACUUACAGGAUGCUGAGCCACUUCAGGGUGCCAACCGCACACAGCUGAAGCCUCAAGAAGCAGCUAAAGUGGUUACAUCAGAUGCAUGCAACUUCCAACAAUCAAACAUGAAGUCUACUCGACAUGAUGGAGGUUCUUUUGUGAGCUCAGGAGCUGCAGGAGGUGCUUGGAGCCAUUCUUUAUUUUCAUUUCUGCCAUCUUGGGCAAGAAGGAGUCUCUACAGAAGGGCAUUGCUGCCGGACCAACCGCAGAGACAAGACAUCUCGCUAUUUGAUCGAAGUGGCGCAAUAUUUCAGAAAUGUGCAACUGUAAAUAAUGGUGAUGACCAGCAAUCGGCCAGUAUAAGCCUAUUGAUUGACAACACACUUGUGUCGUCCUUUCCCAACAAUAUGACCGGGCUUAUCCUUUCCGAUAAUGUUACUGGCCUCCUUGUGACAGACAGCAGCUAUCCCAGCGCUGGAGUUGUAAAUGGAAUUCAGACUUUCAGGAUUCAAUCACUAAAAGCUGGAGAAUAUUUGCUUAUUAAGUACAACGCAUCACUGAGCAGCGGCCUCGCCACCGACGGAUUGCAGCUAUCACUGCCAGCGCAGCUAUCAUUCCAGAACUCUUCUGCGGUCGCAGGAACCUCCUUAAGAUUAAUGGCGGCCUUUACAGUCACAGCCAAGGAAAAUAUAAAGGUGCUACCAAAUCACGGCCUACACGCCUUGGGCUUUGUCAUUGGCUUCCUUGUGUCUUUCCUGCUGACCUGCGCGGUGCUUUUGGUACUUCGUUACACAAAACGGUUGAAUUGCAGAUGUUUGGGAAACCUGCAUGGAACUAAUUGUGAGCCGAAAUUGGGAAAAUCACAGAGCAAUUCACCUGACAACGUGAAUGAAGAUUUCAAUAUGCCUGACAAGAUGAUUGACAUAUUGGCCUUUGAAGAACCAGAGAACAUGCUUCAAGCGUUGGACGACUCAGAGAUAGUGAAUCUGACACACGCCGACGCUUAUUUAGAAGCAUGCAGGAUACAUGUUUGCAAGGACAUUAUUGGUAUAUCACUCAAAAACAUGGCAGCUACUGUACAUCUGCCGCAUUAUGAGGUGAAGAGGUUGACUGCCGCCAUGAGUGAACAAUGGAUCAACUUGGAAAAGCAAAUCCAAGAGGAACAUCAGAGGAAAAUCGUGGCUUUGACGGCGGAAUGUCAUUUGGACACCAGGAAACAGGUGGACAUGCAAGAGCGCAAACAGAAGGCGGUUUAUGAAGAGGCUGAAGAAAAAUUUAGGCAUGCUGGGGAAAAGUCACUCACAGAAUACAGGCUUCUCCUGGACAAGCUCCAUGACAUGGAGAGGGCUGAAAUGAUGAAGUUGCUCAUGUAUAAGCAAGAGGAGGAUUUUGCCAAGGCCCGCAGGGAACUGAGUGUCUGUCAUAGGACUGAGCUUCUCGGCAUCUUCUCUGAACAACUUCAUGACUCCGUGGCCAAGGGAAACAUAACAGCGGAUGCUGGAACAGCUGUGAUAGAAAAUCAUUUCAAAAUCCAGGAAGAAGCCGAAGAUCUCCUGGAUUUCAUACAAGCUGAUAAGAAGUGCCGCAUGAACAGAACGCUUGCUGCACGGAAAAACAUCAUUUAUAUUAUGCAGCUGUGCGACAGCCGAUCGCGAUGCCUAUUAAAUACAGCAGCAGCGCAAAUAGCCAGCCUCAUUAACAAAACCGAGAGAGCCGGGCACAUGAACGAGAACCAGGCGGAGCUGCUGAUGUGCCGAGCGCAAGCUGAAGUUUCCAGGGUGAAGCAGAAGAUGGAUAAUGUGUUAAAACUGGAAAAGCGAAAACUGCACCAGAAACUCGGCUCCAAGAGAAAAAAGCUACUAGUACAGAAGCUGAAAGAACAAAAGAAAGAAAUGGGCUUGAUACAGGAAACGUUUGCCUGCGCUACAGACGUUCCGCACUAUUUGGGCUGCUGGAAGAAGCUGUGCAGUGAUCACUGUCAGCAGAUGGAAGAACUAUACGAAAAGCAGGACAGCGAUGCUCUUGAGGAAUUGAGAGGCCUGAGAUGGAGCCUGACGGAGAAGGCGGUGGAAGAUCUGGGACACAUUCCGGACACUGUGAUUAUGCACGACAUGCUAAAGCUUAAUGUGCCCAGGCAGCAUCUCCUGCAAGUGUUGGAGGAGCACAAACGGGAGAUGGCACUUCUGGUCCAGCAGCUGGAGAAGGAAGAAAGUGACAAGGCUGCAGAUGCAAGAACAUCUCUGGAGGGGGCAAGGCGCAAGCUGGAUGAGGAGUUCAAGCUCGGCUUAAAGGAACAAAAAAAUCUGCGGCAGUGGGAACAGCAGUUGUACAGAAAGAUCCUCCUGUUACCUCUCUCUAUGUCAGAAGAAGAUAUACAGAAGGUCAGGCAUGAGUUUCAGUGUGGCUUUUCAGAGAUGGAUCUGACGUUGGCUCUCCCUAAGAUACAAGGACGAGCAUUACUCCAGGCCUAUCUGACUGAAUGGAGGAUCACAGAGUUGCUUAAAAUAGACAAAGACAUCCCUGAGUUUGAGACCCAGUCAAAUUCAAAGAUGAAGAAACAGUCCCUGGACAAAACUGUGGAGCUCCGAAAGAAAUCGGCUGAGGAUAAGAUUCUGAUUUAUGAAGCACAAAUUACAGAUGACAAGAUUAAGCAGGUUCGUGGGGAGCUGCUGCUUCAGAGAGUGCACCAACUGAAAGCCAGAGAGUACAAACUUGGAGAAUCAUUGGCAGCGUUACAGUUUCAGCUCGUUAAUCAGAGAUCAAAGGCUCUGGAGGUUCACGCUGCGCUCCUGCGCCUGCAGUCCUUACUGCUGGAAGAGAUGGGCCGCAUUCACCCCGCCAGUAAUGCCGAGUAUAAAAAGGCCUUGGAGGUGCAAAUUCAAGAAAUUAGAGACAUUGAAGUGGGCCUGAUAGACUGGGAAUCGCUGGAAGCAGUAAAUGAUAGUGAUGAUAAAAUUCUUAGCCCUUUUCAUAUGGAAGCUUCCACUGAAGAAGACCUCAGUUUGCCACUGUCAUCUACCCUCCGCUUGGCACUAAACAGGCGCAAAUUGAUAACAAAUGCGUGCAGAGACAGAUUGCAGAUGGAGGAGUUGGACUAUGCACUAACAGAGUGGCGGCAGGAGAGAGCACAGAUGGAUGCAUUUCACAGACUGUAUAACCAGGACAUCAGAUUGGCAGCCUAUUUGACUAAGGGAAGCAAGCUUCCGGAGGGGCUGCUGCACAGAGCGCUGAGCAUAUUGCUGCCUUCCAGCUCUGAGAGUGAGAUCCUGUCCCUUCUACAUUCACUUGGUCAUAAAUAUUCAGAAAAUGUUACUGAAACUGACAGCCAUGAGGAUGAAUCUGACAGCUGGGGGAAGAGGAAACACCAAGAGUUAUGGACGGUCAUAGAGAAGAGGCUCAAAGGAGGAUUGGUAAACAAAGAGCAUGAAAAGGCGUCUUUUACUGGAAGAAAGAAACGGAGCAUUCUGAAGAAGAAACGAUUGCGACCAGUCAAGCGAGUCUCUUUCUCCCACACAGAGAAUUUCUCUCGCCUCCUACAGGCACAGGGCCACUCCGAUCAGCUGGAAAGAACAAGAGAAAUAGAUUUACCAGACGUAGAAGAGAAACUGUUUGUCUUUAGAGCCCCCAACCAGGCCCCCAUCUCUCCAAGCAAAGGCAAGAAAAAGCGCAGUUUCUUAAAUAACCUGAAGAAAAAUGUCCGUUCCCCUGUAUAGUGAGACCUACUAUGGAUCAGAGACUGCGCUGUCACAGUGCAGGGCGGAUGGACCUUUUUAUAUAAAUAUAUAUGGCACUUUCUGUAUAAAAUGUAUCAAAUCAAUGGAUGCUACUUGUAAAUAUCCAAAUGUAAUCAAUUUGUUAUAUACACACAUAUAUAUAUAUAUAUACAUAGCAUUAUUCUUAAAUAUGUGUUUAUCUAUAUGUGCACAAUGUUACAAUACCAGGCAGCAACAUUAAAAUAGUAAAUCAAUGUAAUUGGCAAAUAUUGAAUUCUGCCGCAGCUAAAGGGCAACUAAAUCUCUGAAUCAUUUGUUCCUCUGUGGCUACGGUACAUUACUUGUGGAAGACUGUAAUUAAAAAUUGCACUUUUGUAUUUUGA